CCUCCGUUACGUCAUCCCCCUGUCCCAACGCGCAGCUCCCUGUUCCCUUCCGCCGGCUCUUCCGCAGGCGCCUCACUUCCGCUUCCGGGUCGCCUGACGGCGGCGGGAGCAGCCUUCCCCACACCGCCACCUCCUCCUCUUCGUUCCCCCCACCCACCCACCCUCCCACACGAACCGGGGGGGUCGCCAGGAUGUGGCACGAAGCCCGCAAGCAUGAGCGCAAGCUGCGGGGGAUGAUGGUGGACUACAAGAAGCGAGCCGAGCGCCGCAGGGAGUACUACGAGAAGAUCAAAAAGGACCCAGCUCAGUUCCUGCAGGUGCAUGGCCGGGCCUGCAAGGUCCACCUGGAUUCGGCCGUCGCGUUGGCCGCCGAGAGCCCCGUCAACAUGAUGCCCUGGCAGGGGGACACGAACAACAUGAUCGAUCGCUUCGACGUGCGGGCGCACCUGGACUAUAUCCCCAUGUACACCCCGCCCCUGCUGAACCCCAUCUCCCCUGAGCAGGAGUCUGACGAGAGAAAAUGUAACUACGAGCGGUACCGAGGCCUGGUGCAGAACGACUUUGCCGGCAUUUCAGAGGAGCAGUGUCUCUAUCAGAUCUACAUCGAUGAGCUCUACGGGGGACUCCAGAAGCCAAACGAAGAUGAGAAAAAGAAGCUGGCGGAGAAAAAGGCCUCCAUCGGCUACACGUAUGAGGACAGCACCGUGGCUGAGCUCGAGAACUCCUUGGAGAAGAGGGGCGAUGAGGAAGACUCCGAGGAGGACAGCAACACCGACGAAGACGAAGUCAUCCCUGAUAUCGAUGUGGAAGUAGAUGUGGACGAGCUCAACCAGGAGCAAGUGGCCGACCUGAACAAGCAGGCGACCACCUACGGCAUGGCCGAGGGCGACUUCGUCAGGAUGUUGCGGAAGGACAAAGAGGAGGCAGAAGCUAUUAAAAACGCCAAAGCUCUAGAAGAAGAAAAGGCGAUGUACUCGGGCCGUCGCUCUCGCCGCCAACGGAGGGAGUUCAGGGAGAAACGCUUGAAAGGGAGGAAAAUCAGCCCGCCCAGCUACGCACGGAGAGACAGCCCCACUUACGAUCCCUACAAACGCUCCCCCUCGGAAUCGACGUCGGAAUCCCGCUCCCGUUCCCGCACCCCGUCUCCAGGCCACGAGGAAAAAAUCACCUUCAUCACCAGCUUCGGCGGCAGUGACGAGGAAGCGGCGGCGGCCUCCGCCCAAACCCCCGGUGGCCCCGGAAAAACCGCCACGCUCAGCAAACAGCGUUCCACCCCAGGGCAGCCGGGCAGCACCGCGGCAGGUCAUAGCAGCUCGUCCCGGUCGGUAACUUUUCCUAUUCGGCUUGUUUUUUCAUCCCUUACCCGCAGGGACACGCUCCCGAGACCAGGGAGGGGAGAGCGUGGUGGGAGGGAGCCCCCCCAUCACCUAACGCCACGGGCCGUCUGCCUGCACCCCCCACCCCGAGGGUAUCUCCGAGCCAUCGUGGAGACGGGAGCAGGGUGGGGGACUGGAAUUUGCGCCCUAAAAUUAAGGAAAUGUCUGCCAGCUCCGGGACGAAGCGGCGUGGCUCAUGUCCUGGCACAGCUGGGAGUUUUGGGGGGGCUUGCAGAACCUCGAGGCGUGAUGCCAUGUAGGGGGGAUGGUCCCUUCCCCACGCCCCCCGUGUGCCAACGAUCCCAUGUGUCCCUUCCAGGAGACGUUCCUCAUCUUCCUCCACCUCCCCGACCUCCUCCUCGUCCUCCAGCUCGCGCUCCAGCUCCCGCUCGCACCGCGGCGGCGGUUACCACCGCUCCAGCCGCUACUGCCGCUCCCGCAGCCGCCGCUACUCGCGCUCCCGCAGCCGCAGCCGCCGCUACUCAGGCGGGGGGGGCUCGCGGGACAGCCGCCGCCGCUCCAGAUCCUAUUCCCCCGACCGGGGAUAUCGCUACAGCUCCCGCCGCCGCUCCAGGAGCCGUUCCAGGUCUGGGGAGCGUUACCGGCGAGGCGGCAGGUCCAGCCGACACUGGAGCAGCAGCCGGAGCAGCCGGAGCCCCAGUGACUCGCGCAGCCGCAGCAAGUCGGUGUCUCCGGUGCGCGAGAAACCGCCGAGACCUACAGCAUCGCCCGCCGUGGGGGAGAAACUGAAAAAGGCUGAAAGUGCUGCUGGUAAAGAGACAGGAGCUGCCAAAGUCAGUAAGAAUUUAACCUCCCCUGUUUAAUUGGCAUCUCUGCAGAGCAGGCUCAGGGACGCGGUGGUGGAGGUGCCGGGACUGGCGCCGGGUGCCCCCCCCACCCCUUGCAUCUCCCUCCUUGGAGCUGGGGGGGGGGGCGGCUGCUAGGCGGGGGCCAUGGGCCACUUGGGGCAGUCCUGGCUCUGGAGGGGGGGUGGGAAACAGGGGACCCCCACCCCCCCACCCCAGGAUCCAGCAGGCACUGGGUGCCACCUGCACUGAAGCUAGGGGGGUCUUACUGGCGGCCGUCCCCAUGCCCGGCGGGUCCUCACACUGUUUUUUGGGGGGUGGGGGGGGGAGGUGGUGGCAGGGGGUUGGGGGAGCCCUUUGCCCCCCCCACCGUCCCUUUGGAGAGAGGUGGCCGUCCCCUGUAGCUCUGAUGCCACCAAGUCCCUGGUGUCCCCAGGAGCUGUCCCUGCGUGUCCCCAGAUGCCACCUCCACAGGGCUGUGGGUGGGGGGCGGUGUGCGCAGUUUCCUCCUUCCACCGCCACCCUUGGCGGCUGCUGUUUGUCCCCAUAUCACCCACGGGUGACACACCCAGGUCCCCCCACAUCACCCACAGGUGACAUGCCGUGAUCCCCACUGCUCGGGGACAAGGGUGCGAGUGUGACCGAUGUGGGCAGAGACACCCAAACCCCGUGGGGACACCCACCCACCCACUCAGAGGUGGCACCCAGGGGGUGGCAGCACCCAGAUCCACCGGGGGGGGGGGGGGGCGGCGGUGACUGGGGGGGGUCCCCAAGCUGGGGUCACCGUGGGUGCACCGUGUCCCCCCCCCCUUCACACGCAGCUCUGGUUUCUUGCAGCCCAAACUGACACCGCAGGAGAAGCUGAAG